AAGAACACAGUUCCGGGUUCUUUGCUGCCGAGAGCUGCUCGUUACUACUACUGCCACAAACCCCUCUUCCUCCGCUGCCGCUGCUGCUGCUAACAAUAACAGUGCACCAUGUCGAUUUUACUGGAUAACCAGUUUAAAGAGCUUCCUCCUGACAAGUCCGUCGACACGAAGUCAUUCCUGGACGCUGUUUCUCAUCUCCCUCCGUUCUUCGACUGCUUUGGAUCAGCUGUGUUUUAUGUCAUUAAGUCUGACAUUAGUGGGAACAUCACGAAAAUUAGGAAAGUGUACGACAAGGAUCCUGCUAAGUACGUCACCCUGCAGGACAUCGUGGAGGACGAGCGAGAAACCUAUGGAGCAGAGUGGCCCAAAGUUGGAGCAACAUUAGCUCUCAUGUGGCUGAAAAGGGGUCUCCGUUUCAUACAGAUCUUGCUGCAGAGUUUGGCAGACGGAGAAAGAGAUGAGAACAAACCCAACUCGAUUCAGGUCAAUGUGACGAAAGCGUACGAGAACGCGCUGAAGAGGUACCAUGGUUGGAUGGUGCAAAAGACUUUUCAAAUGGCGUUACUUGCAGCUCCCUACAGAACAAACUUCAUCAAGGCGCUGUCAAAGGGAGAGGAAGUGAAGGAGGAGGACUGUCUGGCAAACGUGCGUCAGUUUCUGGUUAAUUUCACGGCUACUGUAGAUGCCAUCUAUGAGAUGUACACGAAUCUAAACGCAGAACUGGACUACACUGUUUGACGUCCCAGGACGGAACACAAAUGUGACGCAGGAGCUCCUGCGCACGGGUUUUUAACCGGAUUCUUUUUACUUUUACUUAUAGUGUGGAUUUAUAAAUAAUAAGUCAUGUUAAUUAUGUAAAUUCCUUUUAAUUUAAACAAUGGUUCUGUGUGUUGUUAUGUGGGCUGCUGCUUUGUGUGACACUGCCUGUUGAUUUCAGCGGCUCCGUUGAGAGAAGACAAACAUUUCUGUGAGUACACCACACUGAAACGUUCACUCUGGUGUUUUCUGGAAAAGCUCAUAAUUAUUAUAUUUGCCGUCAUUUUAAAAGUUUGUUCAUAUUUAUGUAUCAAAAUAAUCAAAAUUAUUUCACACAAACCUCAAAAUGUCUAAAAUAAAUUGUAAUUGUGCACAUGUAUUAAUAAUGUAAUAUCAUAUGAUCAGGUUAGUUGUUUUCCUGAGCUCAUACUUGAUGUUCAAGAAUCUUACUCCAGGUGGCGAUAUUUGCUUUGUUUUACUUUUAAUCACAUCUGCGCAGUUCCUGUCUGAAAUGCUUGAAUCUGUUACUGGGGAAUUCACAAAAUACCAAAUGUAGUUGGAACCAAAAAUGAGAUCAUAAAUUCAUUUACAUUUUUA